AUGGACUGGUCCACUUACAACGCGGCUCUCCCCACUGUCGGCGUCGUCAAUGCGCUGGGUGCGCUCAUAGGACUCUGGGUUGUGUACGCCAUCGCGCAGCAUAUGCGCCGUCGUGCGCAUUGUACGCCCCUCGCCAGCCCCCCAAAUCCGAGCUUCCUCUUCGGCAUUGGACGCUCUCUAUUCAAACAUCCUGACCCAGCCGCCGUCUACGAACAAUGGGCGGAGAAGUAUGGCUCUGUCUUCCGCAUCCCGGCGACCCUGGGCUACUCGCGUGUCGUCUUGUGUGAUCCCAAGGCGAUUCAGCAUUUCUACUCGCACGAGACGUUUUUGUACCAGCAGACGACGCUCACGAAGCAAUCUAUCGAGAGCCUGGUCGGGAGGGGUGUGCUGUGGGCGGAAGGGGAAAGCCACAAGAGACAACGGAAAGCGCUUACGCCAGCCUUCAGCAACGCCGCCAUCCGAAGGUUGACUUACAUUUUCUUCGACUCCGCCUAUAAAAUCAAGACGGCUUGGGACAGCAUCAUCGCAGCUGAAGGAGAUGAUUCCGCCAUUAUCGAGGUGCAGGCUUGGAUGAACCAUGUAUCAUUAGACUCCAUCGGCAUCGCCGGCUUCUCGCACGACUUUGGCACCCUUCAUGGCAAACACUCGACUGUUGCCGAAACCUUCGAUUCAUUUAGCUCGCUCAAGCCGACACUCAUCGGGGUGGCUGUGUUCAUCGUCGGUCUCGCGUUCCCCAGGGUCAUGAUGCGGAUCCCGACUGCAUUUCGCAUGCUCGUGAAGCAGCUGAACGCGAGCAUGUCCGAGGUUGCGGACGACCUGCUCGCCAAUACGCGCAAGGAGAGCGAGGGCGAGGACAAGGCGGAGGACAAGUCGAUCAUUGGGCUGCUCGUGAAAGCCGAGAGCAAUCAGUCUGACUUGCACAUGUCGCAAGACGAGGUCAUGGCACAAAUGAAAGUUCUAAUCCUGGCGGGCUACGAAACGACAUCCAUCAGCUUGACGUGGUGCCUUGUUGAGCUAUGCAAAAAGCCGGAGAUCCAGGCGAAGUUGCGUAGCGAGCUCUCGCAGAUUUCCAGCGGAGACCCGACCUGGGACCAGCUCACGAACGGGUUCCCGUACCUUGAUGCCGUCGUGCACGAGACACUACGGCUGCACCCUCCUCUUGGCGAGACAACCCGCAUAGCAACUGAAGAUGCCAUUAUUCCACUCUCGACUCCCUUGAAGACACCCACAGGUACCGUCGUCGAUAACGUCUCGAUCGCGAAGGGUGAUAUUGUCACGGUUCCGAUCCACCUCAUGAACUCCUGGCCGGAAAUCUGGGGGCCGGAUGCAAGGGAGUUCAACCCCGAGCGCUGGCUGGCAGAGGAUGGUGUGCCGAAAAAGGCACAGGAGCUCCAGGGGCACAGGCACCUGCUGACGUUUGUCGAUGGACCGCGAAUCUGCCUCGGGCGCGGGUUCGCGUUGGCUGAGUUCAAGGCUGUGCUGAGCGUGCUCAUACGGAACUACACAUUUGAAUUCAGGGACGGGCCAGACACGCAGAUCGAACGCGUGCGAGGUAUUCUGCCGCGCCCUGGAGUUGCUGGCGAGAAAGGGGCCAAGAUUCCGCUGCGCGUGCGAAGGCUGGAAUGAGCGUGAGCGGUGGCAUGAAGAUGUGCUUUUAUUGUAUAGUGGGACUUCAGCGUUGACAUGUAUCAUGUAUUAUUGUGGCCAUGCAGCGGGAAAAGGGGCUGCGUGCUUUUGGA